CUUGUUUAUUCCACACUAGGCUCCAGAUGGGUUGCCUAGAUUUUCUUAUCUGGGAACUGUAUGAAUGGAUAACAAGUCCCUGCCGCUGAAUGUCAAAGUGUUUUAUACUUCCUCAAUAUAUGAGAACCUCGAGUCCAGGAACUCUUGUCUCCUCCUCAUUCCUGUCCUGCAUCUGCACUCCUCUCUUAACACCUCUCUCGCCUGUUUACUCUUAUUUUUGCAGCAAAAAUGGCUACAGCUGGUAAAGUCAUCAAGUGCAAGGCAGCAGUGGCCUGGGAGCCCAACAAGCCUUUGGUGAUGGAGGAGGUUGAGGUAGCCCCGCCCCAGGCCAACGAGGUCCGCAUCAAGAUUGUGGUAACUGCGGUGUGCCACACAGACCUGUAUCAGCUUUUCGACAAUACACAUGAAGACGGCUUCCCAACAGUCCUUGGCCAUGAGGCAGCUGGCAUCGUAGAGAGCGUCGGGCCUGGAGUCACUGAAUAUCAGCCAGGAGACAAGGUCAUCCCUCUGUUCAUCGCCCAGUGUAGAGAAUGUCGCUUCUGUAAGAGUCCAAGGACCAAUCAGUGUGAGAAAGCAUGGUUGGGACAACAAGACUCCAGGUUCACCUGUAAGGGGAAGACGUUGGUGCAGUUUGUGGGAACCAGUACCUUCUCCGAGUACACCGUGGUUAACCAGAUGGCUGUGGCUAAGAUCGACCCCGCUGCCCCUCUGGACAAAGUCUGUCUCCUUGGCUGUGGGAUCUGCACUGGAUAUGGAGCAGCAGUCAAUACUGCUAAGGUGGAACCGGGCUCCACAUGUGCCGUGUUCGGCCUGGGGGCUGUGGGUUUAGCUGCAGUCAUGGGCUGCAAGGAUGCAGGAGCCAAGAGGAUUAUCGCCGUUGACAUCAAUCCAGAGAAGUCUGAGAAGGCCAAGGUGUUCGGAGCGACCGACUUCGUGAACCCCAAGGAUCACAGUAAACCCAUCAGCCAAGUUCUGGCUGACAUGACUGAUGGUGGAGUGGACUUCUCCCUGGAAUGUGUCGGGAAUGUAGGAGUCAUGCGCAAUGCCUUGGAGUCUUGUGUGGUAGGGUGGGGUGUCAGCGUAAUUGUUGGCUGGACAGACUUAGAAGACUUUUCUGCCCGACCCCUUCAGCUCAUGGCCGGACGCACAUGGAAGGGCUCUGUGUUUGGAGGCUAUAAGGGUAGGGAUUCCGUGCCUCAGAUGGUUAAAGCCUACCUGGACAAGAAGGUGAAGGUGGAUGAGUUCAUCACUCACAACAUGACCUUUGACCACAUCAAUGAUGCCAUUGAACUGAUGAAGCAUGGCAAAUGCAUCCGGACGGUUCUGAGUGUUUCUCCACAAUAAGACCAGUGUGUUGCUUUUAAUGACCAAAUGUAGUUCAGUAAUUUACUACUGUAUUAUAUAAAAUCUCAGAAUACAGAUAUCUUGUAAAUAAUGCAGACUAUACAUGCCUGACUUUGAACUCAACACUAUCCAGGUGAUUACGUGCAGAUUGUGAGAGUCACCUGCAGUGUUCAUUAAGAAAAGGCGUUUCAUGUUUAGCAUAAUAAAUGGUCUAAACAGAUGGAGGCUUUCUUGUUUGUGUUGGGAUUUUGUUGUGUUGAAGUGUCAAAACUAUUAUGUUGUAUUCUCUAAUACAUUGUGUUUAGUGUGACAAGUGUUCUUGUCAGUGAAACAAAUGUCAUUGCUUUGUCUGCUACAGCAUACAUAUCUGCUCUGUAAAUCACUUGUCCAGUCUUCUCUUUCGUGAAAAAAAAAAAUCAGAAACCAGGUCAUUGUUUCAUUAUGCACCCCCUAGUUUUGCAAUAAAUUGACAGAAUAGCGUUAAGUAUCUGUCUACAUAAAUGGAGACCUUAUUACAAUACAAAUCUUGCAGAAAGCUGUAACAUUUGUUUUCUAUCAUUGGCAAAGCAGACAGUCACACUGAGCCAAACAAUCAUUCACACGGGAAAGGUGCGCUUGCUGAAGCAGCAUGUAAACUUACCCUUUGUCUCUCAUUUCUGUUGCUGUCAAUCAAACACAGAGAGCGGCCCCUCCCACCCGCUGAGAUGAAAAGGAGUAGUCAUCCACCUGACUUUUCAGUAGUAUCGGAACAAAUGGCAACAUGCAAAUUAAUGUAAAUAAAAUAGCCAAAUAAUCAAUGCAACGCUAGUUUGUGAUGAAAAAAGAAAUAUGCUAGCUGGUAGUAUACAUUCCAUAGCAACCAUCAUUCCUAAGCAACACCUGUGCAGGAAGCCAGCCUAGGGAGGGUCUAUUUUAUUGUAAACAGUAUUUUUUAAUAAAGAAAUAUUUAAAUUGUAA